GAAGGAAGUGAAGGAACUGUCAAAUUUUCGCCUGCUUUUCCCGGCGUAUAAAAAUAAAAUAAUUGGCGUCCUCAGUAAUAUGAUUUAAUCAGUACCCUUUGUAACCUGCGAGUCUCAUAAAAUAAAAAACUCAAUUUAGUUCCGCCGAAUAUAUACACAUUCGAACGUGCGCUAGCUAUUUAGUUAAUUAAUUACCUAUUGUAAUUAAGCGCUCGGGUUUUCCUCGUCAGUCGCUCCAUAUAAUGUUAUAUUAUCCGCCAAUAAUAUAAUUAAGCAUCAGAAUAGUAGGUCGUGAGAAGCUUUGACACUGAGCUUUGACACUAUAGUAGUGGAGUAGAUUUUGGUGAGAGGAUGGCUGAUCAGACGUCGGUGUUGGCGCUCGUGAUCCUGGCGGUCGGAGUCACUGUGCAUUUCUCGCUGCACAAGGUCGAGGAGGGCCACGUUGGAGUCUACUACCGGGGGGGCGCUCUGUUGCCAGUGACGAGUCAGCCGGGGUUCCACAUGAUGAUCCCCCUUCUCACAUCAUACAAAGCCAUACAGACUACGCUGCAGACUGAUGAGGUGAAAAAUGUACCCUGUGGAACCAGUGGGGGUGUGAUGAUCUACUUCGAAAGGAUUGAGGUUGUCAACAUGCUAGAACCAAACACAGUUCUGGACGUAGUGCGCAACUUCACCGCCGACUACGACAAAACGCUCAUCUUCAACAAGGUGCACCACGAACUGAACCAGUUCUGCAGCGCACACAGCCUGCACGAGGUCUACAUCGACCUUUUUGACCAGAUCGACGAGAACCUCAGGACGGCUCUCCAAAAAGACCUGAACGAAAUGGCCCCAGGGCUACGCGUGCAGGCAGUGCGCGUCACCAAACCAAAGAUCCCUGAGGCCAUCCGCAAGAACUACGAGCUCAUGGAGGCCGAGAAGUCGAAGCUCCUCAUUGCAGCCCAACAUCAGAAGGUUGUAGAAAAAGAAGCAGAGACGGCGCGGCGCAAGGCGGUGAUCGAGGCUGAGAAAGAGGCACAGGUAGCCAAGAUCCAGUAUGAACAGAAAAUCAUGGAAAAGGAAUCUCUACAGAAGAUAGAACUCAUUGAGGACAGCAUCCACAAAGCCAAGCAGCAGACCAAAGCGGAGGCCGAAUUCUACAAUCUCAAGAAACAGGCGGAGGCCAAUAAACAAUUACUGACCAAAGAGUACUUGGAAUUGAAGAGAUAUGAAGCACUUGCUAUUAACAAUAAAAUAUACUUUGGCAAUGAUAUUCCCAGCAUGUUCUUACAGGCUAAUGUUGGUGACAAUGUUCCAAUUCCAACCCCACAAAGUGUUCAAGUGCAAUGAGUAAUAGUCACUCUGUCAAAACAACUAGUCAGACAGUAAGUCAUACAGGGAGCAAAUGUUUUGACAAGGAAUUAAAAAGGUCCUAAGGAAUUUCCAGCACCACAUGUUUUCGGAGAUCAUGUGAUAAUUUUGUAUCAUUAGGAAUACUUUUACAUAGGCCCAUUUCUGUGUUUUAUAGGAAUAAGAUGUAGAUGUGUAACAGGCUUUACAUAUUGUUUUUUGACUGACUAAU